AUGGGAUUUAUAAUUAUUUUUCAUGCAUGAAGAUCAUAUCAAUCAUUAAAACAAUCCUUACGGAAUGUGAGUGAAAAUUACCCAAAAAGAAAUGAUAAAAAAGACGAAAAGGAUAAAGCGAUGCACUCGCUCAGUAGCUCUAUAUAUAGCACUUUCCCCUCCAAAGUCUUUCGAGCAAAGAUCUGUGGAGGCAAGGCAAUUCUCUCGACGAGCGAGAGAAAUACUACAGAAAAGCGGUAUAUAUAGCUCGCGAAAUUAACCUUUAUAAGAAUGGGAAGCACUGGUGAAACUAACUAUGGGGAAUUCACCUAUGAAAACCUCGAAAGGGAACCCUACUGGCCUUCAGAGAAGCUCCGCAUUUCCAUAACCGGAGCCGGUGGAUUCAUUGCCUCACACAUUGCGAGGCGAUUAAAGAGUGAGGGGCAUUAUAUCAUUGCUUCAGACUGGAAGAAAAACGAGCACAUGACUGAGGAAAUGUUUUGUCAUGAAUUUCAUCUUGUUGAUCUAAGGGUGAUGGAUAACUGCUUGAAAGUCACUACUAGAGUUGAUCAUGUAUUCAAUCUUGCUGCUGAUAUGGGAGGUAUGGGAUUCAUUCAGUCCAACCACUCGGUCAUUAUGUAUAACAACACAAUGAUCAGCUUUAACAUGCUUGAAGCAGCUAGGGUGAAUGCAGUUAAGAGGUUCUUUUAUGCUUCUAGUGCUUGUAUUUACCCUGAAUUUAAACAAUUGGAAACUACAAAUGUGAGCCUGAAGGAGUCUGAUGCUUGGCCUGCAGAGCCGCAAGAUGCUUAUGGCUUAGAGAAGCUGGCUACUGAGGAAUUAUGCAAGCACUACACCAAGGACUUUGGGAUCGAGUGUCGGAUUGGACGAUUUCAUAACAUCUAUGGACCCUUUGGAACCUGGAAAGGUGGGAGGGAGAAAGCCCCUGCUGCUUUCUGUAGGAAGGCCCUUACCUCAAGUGAAAGGUUUGAGAUGUGGGGAGAUGGGCUUCAAACUCGAUCUUUCACCUUCAUUGAUGAAUGUGUCGAAGGUGUACUGAGAUUGACAAAGUCAGACUUCAGAGAGCCAGUGAAUAUCGGAAGUGACGAAAUGGUUAGCAUGAAUGAGAUGGCUGAGAUUGUUCUAAGCUUCGAAGACAAGAAGCUGCCAAUCCACCACAUUCCCGGUCCAGAGGGUGUGCGUGGUCGAAACUCAGACAACACUCUGAUAAAAGAGAAGCUUGGUUGGGCCCCUACUAUGAGAUUAAAGGAUGGCCUAAGGAUCACAUACUUUUGGAUCAAGGAACAGAUUGAGAAAGAGAAGGCUAAGGGCAUUGAUUUGUCAGUUUAUGGGUCAUCAAAAGUCGUGGGAACACAAGCUCCCGUUCAGCUGGGCUCUCUUCGUGCUGCUGAUGGCAAAGAAUGAAGUGGGCAACGCCAGGCAGUUCAUUUAGUGCAGAAGGAGCCAGGUUUUAUAGUCAUUCGCCACCGUGUUUUUCUAGAGUGGUAUUUAUGCAUUUGGUUAUGGUUUAGAUUGCAAUAUGCUAUUGCUUUAUUCUGCAAAACUAGUGGCAUUUGUGCUACGAUGCCCUUGUUAUGUGUAGCUUCUAGUUUCUUGGAGAGUGGGCUUCUGUUGUAUGGUGAUUUGCUGUUCGAAUAAUAUAUCUUGUCCACUUCAUCUA